AGUUCCAGUGUCUCACUAAAUCCAUGGCAGGGAGACCGAAGUGGGUUUCAGACAUCGACAAAUCUGUGCUUAUAAAUAACUUCCAAAAAAGAGGCUGGAUCCAAGUUUCAGAAAAUGAAAACUGGAACUUUUAUUGGAUGAAUGUACAAACACUCCGCAAUGUCUUCAGUGUCGAAAAUGGCUAUCGUCUUUCAGAUGAUCAAAUUGUUAACCACUUUCCCAAUCACUAUGAACUGACCAGAAAGGACUUAAUGGUUAAGAACUUCAAGCGUUACCGCAAAGAGCUCGAUAAAGAGGGAAGCCCACUCGCAGAGAAGGAUGAAAAUGGCAAAUACCUUCACUUGGAUUUUAUUCCAGUUACAUUCAUGCUGCCAGCAGACUAUAAUAUGUUUGUGGAAGAAUUUAGGCGGAAUCCAUGCAGCACCUGGAUCAUGAAGCCGUGUGGAAAGGCUCAGGGCAGGGGCAUAUUCCUCAUCAACAAGCUCUCACAGAUCAAGAAGUGGUCUCGUGACAAUAAACCCCCCAAUUAUGUGACGACCACUACCAAGGAGAUCUAUGUCAUCUCCCUCUACAUAGACAGCCCGCUACUCAUUGCUGGGAAGAAGUUCGACCUUCGCUUUUACGUGCUGGUCACCUCAUUUCGUCCAUUAAAGUGUUACCUGUAUAAGCUGGGCUUCUGCCGAUUCUGCACAGUGAAAUACACUCCAAAUACCAACGAACUGGACAACAUGUUUGUGCACCUUACAAACGUUGCCAUCCAAAAACAUGGGGAUGAUUACAACCCCAUUCAUGGCGGGAAAUGGACGGUGGCAAAUCUAAAACUCUACUUGGAGAGCACGCAAGGGAAGGAAGUCACCGACAAGCUGUUUGAUGAAAUUCACUGGAUGAUUGUACAUUCACUCAAGGCUGUAGCUCCAAUAAUGUCAAAUGACAAGCACUGCUUUGAAUGUUAUGGCUACGACAUUAUCAUUGACAGCAAGUUAAAGCCAUGGCUUAUUGAGGUAAAUGCUUCUCCUUCAUUGGCAGCCAGCACUGCGAAUGACCGGAUCAUGAAAUACAAUCUCAUCAACGACACACUGAACAUUGUCGUGCCCAAUGGUGAUAUCUCAGCUUCGAAGUUCAACAAAACUCCUGCAAAAGAUGCUCUUGGAAAUUAUCUAAUCCUCUGUGAUGAAGAAUUAGCAAUGAACGAUGGAGCUGAUCAUGAAAUAAAAAAUCGCCCGGGUCAGUCUGGUUCAAAAGGUGUCAGAGCAAAAGAUUUUGGGCGACCGACCAUCACGACUUGGAAAUGAUGCCAAAUACGGAAGAAAUCCUUUCAUGGCAGCAACUGAACUAAAAUAUUGUUGUCCACAUCCUAAAGUUCUGGCCUUUCCAUGAUUGAUGAAGGAAGAAUUUGUUUUUGGCAAUCUGCUUUUUGUCACUGGUUUGAAGAAGACACAACAUAAUUGUAGGGGCACAGUCCCUCUUAAAAUGUACACUGUUUGUAAUAUAUUUUGUCCACUUUC